UCAGGCCGCACCUGUCGGGUCCAGUCAGAGUGUGAACCCACAUAUUUUGGAGUUUACCUGUCAUAUAUUCAUCAAACGAUCUCCAGCCGCGGCGCCAGCUCUAUAGAGAGAGGUAAUAGCCGACGGCACCCCAGGUUGCACAGGGUUCUCGGUCUCAAAAAGGCACGCAGAUUGGAAUAUCUGGCAAUUGACGCUGUGGAUGUGAUCAUUUCACACCGAAAUCAUCCUCGUGUUCCCGUCGCGCCGGCAGACGCUGUUACAGUCCACUUAAUGUUGGGUCUGCAUAUAUAAGUUCCAGUCGUCUAUCACGGUUUAGUAGGUCCCUUCUAUCCUCUAUCUCUCUCUCCCUCUGCUGCAAUGGACGACAUUCGCUUUGUUCUCGAGGCUCCGCAUCUCGUUCAAGGUCAGAAGAAACGUCCACGUUUAGUGACCUCCUGCGAUAAUUGCCGCUUGAAGAAGGUUAAAUGCAUUCAACACACACCCAAUGUCAAAUGCGAAGCAUGUGCAAAUGCACAGAUACCAUGUCGGUUCCGUGACCGUGAACGGUAUUUCGCAGAACGAAGCAGGAUCAUGGCUGGCUCAAACUCCGAUGGUCGCCGUUCCGCUCAGUGCUCUCGGGCUUCGUCAUCGUGGGACAGUCAUACACCCUCUCCUGAGUGCGAAAUUACUCCACCCAUAGUUCCAUGCAAUGCCCGAGUACCUGGAAUUGCUCAACCAGAACCAUACGACAUUCUUCAAGUUUUGGGUCAACCUUCCUCACAGAUGUCAUUAUCCUGCUACCCUCAAGCUAAUACCAGCAGUAGCAGCUAUGCAUCGGACUCAAUCAACAGUCUGAACGGUACACACUGCACGUCUUCGUACCUGGGGAACACCUCGAAUGCGGCGUCACUUUCCACCUACGGCAUCGACUUCUCAAACCCUCAGCAGUCUUCUGAACCCUCGCAAACUCCUCUAUUUGACACUAGGCACCCCGAUCGGCCUCACGCCAACCUUAUGGCCCACUUCAUUCAAGCCUUCUUCGACAAUCUAUCGUCGUACUUCCCCUUUUUGUCAUACGAAAACGCUGUCGAGCGAUUCCUCAAUCAGAGUCUGCCACCGAUGUUGGCGAGUUGCAUUGCUGCUCUGGCCACUCGUUACGUCGACAUUCCUGAAAUAACAUCAAGGGGUGUGACCAAUGUGCAAGCAGCUUACUGUUCUAAUGCUGAGACACUGUUGGCGUCUUUGGUUAACUACCCAGUUAUUGAUACAUUACAUGCAGUCAUACUGCUUGCUUGGACCGAGUACAAACGAAGUCGAACGUCGACCUUCUGUUACUAUGCUCAGGUAUGGGUUUUGAGAUCCCGAAUAUGUCUCCUACUAAGCCGAUAUCACUUGAAGAUGGCUCUACACAUGGCUUGGAGCUUGGGCCUCUCUGACGAGAUGACUAUUCAAUCUGUACAGACUGAAUACCAGCUAAACAUCCUUCAAUCCACUUGGGCAUGUGUCAACCAACUGACUGCGACGGCUGAUCAGAUCAUCAGCGAAACCUCGAAAAGAUACCCAUGAGUCGGAGCGCGGUGUCUGCACCACAUAAGUUUAGUUGUGUUUCCGUUUCACUCUAUCUACCUCUUGUUCUCCGUUAUUGGCUCUUAUGCAUUGUGUUAUUCGUACAGUAGUUGGCUCAUUCUUAAUAUGUUAGAAACAUCUGUUAAGAUGUCAACCAUCUACUGUAAUAUAUAGGGUUUUCGUAGACACUUGCAUAUAUUCUCGCGUAGCAAUUCGCAAGUGUGCACAUCGAUUGCUGCCUGAGGUUUCUCAAUGAGCCAACCCUAUUCCUUGUUUCCAUUCCGUUGCUUCGCGGGAAACCCUACAUAGCCC